GCCCUGUUGCGUCCUCAGAUAAGACCGAAAUCAGAAAAAAAGAUAGAAGAGUGUGAAGGAAUGGAGAAGAUGACUUCGACUAUAUCUAUCAUCCCUUCAACAUUUGAAUCUUCAUCUUCUUCACCCCUUCGUCCUUUCCUAUCACUGCUCUGCAAUUCCUUUUCUUCUCCUUCUUCAGCUAUUUGCUUUUCAGCUAAUACUCACUCCAAAAACUCUUCUUAUCUAUUCAAGUUGUUGAACAAGAAAACACCAUCACAAUACCCUUCUCUUUUCCACUCUUCUUCCUCUUUCAACAACCAUGUUUGCAGGGCUGCCGAGUACCAAUUCCCGGACCCUAUUCCUGAGUUCGCUGAAUCUGAGACAGAAAAGUUUAGGAACCAUCUCCUUAAGGAACUCUCGAAGAAAGAUACUUAUGGAGAUUCAAUUGAAGAAGUUGUUGGUAUCUGCACUGAGAUUUUCAGCACUUUCUUGCACACCGAGUAUGGGGGUCCGGGAACACUCCUGGUCUUACCUUUUAUUGACAUGGCUGAUACUCUGAACGAGCGUGGGUUGCCCGGAGGACCACAAGCUGCACGUGCAGCAGUUAAAUGGGCUCAAGUUCACGUUGACAAGGACUGGAAGGAAUGGACUAAUGUGACAGCAGUGAAUAGAACAGCAUCUUAGUUUUGUAUUCUGUUGCUACAGGUUUUGAUGUCAGUUUGUAUGAGCUCAUUGAAAGUUUUGAAUUGCAGUACACCCAUUAUAGUUGAGUAGAAAUGGUAGGGAAGGAAUAGGAAUUUCAGUGGGGUUGUUGUAGUAGCAACUGCAAUGCGGAAAUUUAUACUGAACUUCACCAAGAGAAUGUCUAGUUCUGUGUUUUAAUGAAGGUUAGCAGUGUUUAAGCUCGAGUGUUUAUAUUAUAUUGUUCACUUAGACAUCUUUAGAUUCUAAAUUCUUUUGUAGUUGAGAGGAACUCCUGUGUAAGCUGUUUUUACCCUAUAUUAGCAUCUUUCGCUUCUAAA